GUAGUAAUAAUCCUGCAUUUGGGCUCCUUUUACGGUUUUACCUGGCCGGCCCAUACUAAUCGGGCUCGGGGUCGGGCUCGAGCUCGAGCAUACACACACAAAAAAAAGUUGCUCCACACAGACCAAACCGAACCCGGGCGAGUGCUCCCGAUCCCGAACCAGAUUGGGAAGGCGACCGACUACGACUCUCCGGCGGGCGGCGCGACCGACUCCGGCGAGCCCGGGCGGGGUGGCUGAAGCGUGCGGCGGAGGCGGCCUUCUCGGCGCCGUCAAGUUAUAGGCAGGCUCCGGCGCCGCGCCGCGGCUGCUCCGCCGCGAUUCCGGCCACUGGUCUCUGCUGAGGCCAUGGUGAACACCGACGGUGAAGGUGCCGAUGCCGGGGGCGGAGACCCAAUGUGCGUCGAUGAGAGUGCCGGCCCCGUCGUUGUUGGGGCAGACCAGUGUGAAGGAGCCAGGUUGCAGGACAGUGGAGCCGCUGUCGGCAUUGAAGAAACCAGGGAAGGACAGGUGCCGGUUUCUCACCCCGGCGGCGGAAUGAGGGUGCGAGGAGCGACUGUGGAGGAAGCCGAGAACGAGGAGGCCCCCACGGUGCAGGGCAGCAAGGAGGGGGCCGAGGAGCUGCUCCUGAAGGUGGUGUACAGCGAGGAGGAGGCGUACAAGCUGUACUGCGACUACGGGCACCGCACGGGGUUCAGCGUCCGCAAGGGCAAGCAGUCCUACUUCACCGGCACCAAGAGGAUCAGGACCAAGGACUACUUCUGCUCCAAGGAGGGCCUCAAGGAAGCAGAGAAGCUUACCGACGAGAACUUCAACGACCCGCACACCAGGACCAAUUGCAGGGCCAUGGUUCGCUUCAGAGCGAACAGCCAGGGCGAGUGGAGGGUAAUCCGACUCGUGUCUGAUCACAACCACAACUUGGUAAGACCUGAAGAACGGCACCUUCUGCGAUCUGCCAAGUCACUUAUAGCUGGGAGGUCAUGUUCUGCUGCGGAUGCGGUGUUAUACGGUGGGUACCAGUUAGGGGGUGUACCUUCGCAAAUGGCUGCAAGCACAAGCGUAACCAACAAUGCAGAGACUCCGUGGCAAGAUUUGCUCCCCGGUUUUAGUGGCAUAACAAGGACAUCAGCCGUAGGGACUGGAGAGUUGCAAAGGAUUGUAAGCCAUCUAAAGAGCAGAGCAAAUCUAGAUGGGAUGUUUUACUGGGAUGUUCAGUUAGACCGAGCUGGUCGGAUGAGUAAUUUCUUUUGGCGAGAUGGUAGGGGCAGAAUGGACUAUGACUGUUUCGGUGACGUGGUUGUCUUUGAUUCAACUUACCGCUUAAACAAACAGAAUUAUAUAGUUGCUCCUUUUGUUGGUGUGAACCACCAUUGGCAGACCACUAUGUAUGGCUGUGCAUUAUUAGCAGAUGAUUCGAUGUCAUCUUUCACGUGGCUGUUCAAGUCUUUCUUGGAGGCAAUGGGAAACCGGCAACCACGAUCUAUUUUCACCAACCAAGACCAAGUUAUGUCAAAUGCAAUUGAGGAAGUGCUUCCAAAUACAUGCCAUCGCAUUGCUCACUGGCACAUUCAAAAGAAUGCCGCUUCUCGCCUUGGUGCACUUAAUGCUUCCAAAGCAUUUAAUAAGAUGUUCACCAAGUGUAUGCAGGGAUGCGACACAGAAGCAGAAUUCGAGGGAACAUGGGCUGCGAUGCUCCGUGAGUUUAAGUUGCAGGAUAAUAAGUGGCUGAGCAAACUUUAUAAGCUCAAGCAGAAGUGGUGUGGUGCUCUGAACAAGUGCACUUUUGAUGGUGGGGUCGAGAACGAGCCACAAUGUGACAGUUUGAGUAACAUAUUCACUUGCAUUGUCGAUAAAUCGACCUCUCUUUCCACAAUUGUUGCUGCUGUGGAUAAGCUGACUGAGGAUUGGCGCGAAAAAGAGUUUGAUGAGGAUGUGCGGUGUUGUCAAAGGCCACUUUCUUGUAUUAUAAAGCACAGUGAUAUUUUGAAUCAUGCAGCAAAAGUUUAUACACACAGAAUCUACAAGCUAUUCGAGACAUAUUUUCUUGACGGUUGUGGGGCCACAAAAUUCAAGGCACUUCCGUGUGAAGACAGUGACACAUAUCGGUUUGAGAUGACUAUGCAGGGUAGAGGGUCAAGAGUCUGCACAGUUCAUCUGAAUAUGUCAACAAUGCAACUCACUUGCAGCUGUAGUCAGUUUGAGACAAUGGGUUUACUUUGUCCACAUACUCUGAAAGCUCUUAGUAUCAAGAAUGUGGGCAAAAUUCCAGAAAUAUAUAUACUGAAGCGGUGGACCAGAGAUGCUAAGCAGUGGGUUUUCAACCCAAAGCAGUAUGAAUCAUCAUAUCAGGAAUGCAUGGAUGAUGAAGCUGGAUACUGCAACCAUGCUAUGAGGUAUGCUUAUGACCUUGUGAUGAAGAGUGAAGGGCAGGAGGAAUUGAGAAGAUCUCUUUGGGAGGCUCUUGAGGGUGGAGAGAAAGAAUUGGAGAAAUACCAAAAUGCUACACAGUAUGCACAAUCUUAUGCCACUUGAAAGAAGCAUCGAUAAAGCUUUUUGGUGUUACUACUGAGGAACGAAAGAUAUACUUAGGGAUAACUGGGUCUUUUACAACAUAUAUGUGCAUACCUUCUUUUCUGCUGACUCAAACUGUAAUCUAAAAAUGGAAAUGGAAACCUGUGAAACGAGAUAAAGUUUGAACUCUUAAGACUUUCCUAACCUGGGAGAAGCUGGAGCAUAUGGCAUGUGCAACUUGACUUGUUGCAACAUUAAAACUCUUACCCUUUUGAUGAAGGAAUCGUGGCAUUCUUGAGGAGCUGGAGCAGUUCUGGGAGAUGAGGUUCGAGCAGGGCCCCUCCCGAGCCGAAGCAAACGAUGAACACCCUGACUGUGCCACCGUGCUGCCAUGGGGACUGAACUGAGUGGUCUGAAACCGUCUUGAGCUUCCCAACGCAUGUUCUUGCUGGUGACAUGAAUCAAUGCUGUGCACAUGUGGGUUUGGCUAGGAAGAGCCAGUGUGGCACCUCUUUCCUGCAGACGCGGUGACCAAGUUAUGUCGAAAGCAAUUGAGGAAUUGUUUCCCAAUACAUGCCCUCACUGGAACAUUCAAAAUAAUUCCACAUCUCGCCUUGGUGCAUUUGCUGGGGGUUCGAAAGCUUUUAAUAAGAUGUUCACCAAGUGUAUGCAGGGAUGCGACUCUGAAGUAGAAUUCGAGGAAACAUGGGCUAAUAAUAAGUUGCUGAAGCGGUGGACCAGAGACCAGCUCUUACUAUUACGAAUGUGUUCAAAAUUCCAGAAAUAUGAAUCAUCAUAUAAGGAAUGUAUGGAUGAUGAAGCUGCAUACCGCAACCAUGGUAUGAGGUACGCUUAUGGCCCUGUGAUGAAGAGUCGAGAGCAGGAGGAUUGAGAAGAUCUCUUUGGGAGACUCUCGACGGUGGAGUUAUUUUUGGGAGAAAUACCUAGGAAAUGUUACCCAGUAUGCUUAUUCUUAUGCCACUUGAAAGAAGCAUCAGUUAAGCCUUUUGGUGUUACUACUCAAGAAGCAAGGUAUACUCAUGGGUUACUGGGUUCGGCAUAACAUGUGUGUACAGAUCUUCUUUUAUGCUGGCUGAAACUGUAAUAACAUAAUAAUGGAAACAAAAACCUGUGAAGCUAGAGACAAGUUUGAGCAAGCCAUUAUUGUUUACUCUUGUUUGUUAUCACUUGAUACUGUUAUCUUGCUAUCUUUGGUUCCACAUUGUUUUUUCAGUUAGCAUGAAUCGAUGAUUUUGUUGAGCUGUUAUGAACUUAUGAUGGAGUUUCACUAGUGCUAUUUUCAAGUUUGUAUUUGUA